AUGGCUUUUGAUUCUGAUAGUGCGUCUCUAGAAGACUGGUGGUAUAUGGAAACUGGUCGUUCAAACCAUCUUACUGGAAAUAAGAAAUGGCUGGUUGAUUUUGACUAUGGGAAGAGGACCAAGAUCAGGUGUGCUGAUGAUAAGUAUCUGAAUGCUGAAGGAAUGAGGAAUGUUAGAGUGAUUAUGAGUAAUUGCAAAUUUGCGUUAAUUCAUAACGUAUGGCAUGUUCCUAACAUGAAGAGAAAUCUGAUGAGUGUAGGUCAAUUAAUUGAAAAAGGAUUCUUAGUUACUAUGAAGGACAAUCUUUUGAAGAUGUAUGAUUGUAAUCAUAAGCUGAUUAUGGAGUCAGAACAGGGAAGGAGUAGAACAUUUAAGGUGAAUAUUAAAACUACAGACUCUGGAUGCCUUAGCGCAACAAGUGUUGUGAAGGAAAGUGAGUCGUGGCACAAAAGAUUUGGUCAUUUGAACUUCAGAAGCUUAGGGCAUCUAAAUUCAAAGAAACUGGUAUGUGGAAUUCCUGCAAUUAAGAAACCAGAAAAGUCAUGUAAUGUGUGCAUGAGAGGGAAACAACCAAUAUUGUCAUUUGCAUCAGAAGUAGCUUAG